AUGCUAAUUUUUCUGUGUUUUCUUCAAAUUUCCCCAAUUUUCGGUCUAAAAUACCUGGAAGUGGGCCGAAUUCCGGCCUGGAAAGCCCUGCAUCAAAAAAAUCCCAAUCACGGCCCCUCGUAUCCACAGCCCGAACAAAUCCACUUGGCCUAUCGCAGCCCCACGGAAUACGUCAUAAGUUGGCUGACGUUCGACGACACCCUGGAGAGUUUGGUCGAGUUUGGCGAGGAUUUGGGAAAGUUGGACAACGUGGCAAUCGGAAGAUGCGGGGUAUUUUUGGACGGGCAGAAGGAUAACAUAUGGCGGUAUAUUCAUCGAGCGAAUUUGACGGGUUUGGAGCCGGGAAAACGUGUUUGUGAGUGGGAAAUGCUCAUUUUUGAGCCGAAAUUUGUGAGGAAUCGUGGAUUUUAGGCCUAGAAACAUGGUAUAGGCCUAAGCCUUUGGUUAAGCCUAAGCCUGAUGAACCUAAGCCUAAGCCUGAUGAACCUAAGCCUAAGCCUGAUGAACCUAAGCCUAAGCCUUUGGCUAACCCUAAGCCUGAUGAACCCAAGCCUAAGCCUGAUGAACCUAAGCUUAAGCCUGAUGAACUUAAGCCUGAGCCUGGUGAACCUAAGCCCAAGCCUGAUGAACCUAAGCCUAAGCCUGAUGAACCUAAGGCCUGAUGAACCUUAGCCUAAGCCUGAUGAACCUAAGCCUAAGCCUGAUGAACCUAAGCCUUUAGAUAAGCCUAAGCCUAAUGAACCUAAGCCUUCGGUUAAGCCUAAGCUUUUAGUUAAGCCUAAGCCUUAGGUCCAGAAAAGCCCCAAGCCCCAAAAAUCUCCAAAUAUGUUUCACAGUCUACCACGUUGGCUCAAAACACGGCUGGUCACCAAUCUUCUUCUUCACCCCACUCGCGCCACGUCAUAGCACAGGUGGCGGCUACGAAUUCGCGGUCUACGGUGAUUUGGGUGUUGAAAACGGUAGAUCUUUGGGUGCCAUUCAAAAACUGGCGCAAAUUGGUGAAAUCGAUAUGGUGUUGCACGUGGGCGAUUUCGCCUAUAAUAUGAAUGAGGAAAACGGCGAGACUGGUGAUGAAUUUAUGAGGCAAAUUGAGCCGAUUGCGGCGUAUGUACCGUAUAUGGUUGCGGUGGGAAAUCAUGAGAAUUUUAACAAUUUUACGCAUUAUGUUAAUCGAUUUAAUAUGCCGAAUAGUGAACAUAAUUUGUAUUAUAGGUGAGGUUUUUGGGGGUGAUUUUGAGCCUGGAUUUCUCAUUUUUAUCCAUAAAAUAAGGCUAGAUAUAAAAAAUCUGUAUUUCGUAGUAACUCCGAAACGACGAUUUCUCAUUUUUAUCCAUAAAAUAAGGCUAGAUAUAAAAAAUCUGUAUUUCGUAGUAACUCCGAAACGACGAUUUCUCAUUUUUAUCCAUAAAAUAAGGCUAGAUAUAAAAAAUCUGUAUUUCGUAGUAGCUACCAAACGACGAUUUCUCAUUUUUAUCCAUAAAAUAAGGCUAGAUAUAAAAAAUCUGUAUUUCGUAGUAACUCCGAAACGACGAUUUCUCAUUUUUAUCCAUAAAAUAAGGCUAGAUAUAAAAAAUCUGUAUUUCGUAGUAACUCCGAAACGACGAUUUCUCAUUUUUAUCCAUAAAAUAAGGCUAGAUAUAAAAAAUCUGUAUUUUGUAGUGACUCCGAAACGACGAUUUCUCAUUUUUAUCCAUAAAAUAAGGCUAGAUAUAAAAAAUCUGUAUUUCGUAGUAACUCCGAAACGACGAUUUCUCAUUUUUAUCCAUAAAAUAAGGCUAGAUAUAAAAAAUCUGUAUUUCGUAGUAACUCCGAAACGACGAUUUCUCAUUUUUAUCCAUAAAAUAAGGCUAGAUAUAAAAAAUCUGUAUUUCGUAGUAGCUACCAAACGACGAUUUCUCAUUUUUAUCCAUAAAAUAAGGCUAGAUAUAAAAAAUCUGUAUUUCGUAGUGACUCCGAAACGACGAUUUCUCAUUUUUAUCCAUAAAAUAAGGCUAGAUAUAAAAAAUCUGUAUUUCGUAGUAACUCCGAAACGACGAUUUCUCAUUUUUAUCCAUAAAAUAAGGCUAGAUAUAAAAAAUCUGUAUUUCGUAGUGACUCCGAAACGACGAUUUCUCAUUUUUAUCCAUAAAAUAAGGCUAGAUAUAAAAAAUCUGUAUUUCGUAGUAACUCCGAAACGACGAUUUCUCAUUUUUAUCCAUAAAAUAAGGCUAGAUAUAAAAAAUCUGUAUUUCGUAGUGACUCCGAAACGACGAUUUCUCAUUUUUAUCCAUAAAAUAAGGCUAGAUAUAAAAAAUCUGUAUUUCGUAGUAACUCCGAAACGACGAUUUCUCAUUUUUAUCCAUAAAAUAAGGCUAGAUAUAAAAAAUCUGUAUUUCGUAGUAACUCCGAAACGACGAUUUCUCAUUUUUAUCCAUAAAAUAAGGCUAGAUAUAAAAAAUCUGUAUUUCGUAGUAACUCCGAAACGACGAUUUCUCAUUUUUAUCCAUAAAAUAAGGCUAGAUAUAAAAAAUCUGUAUUUCGUAGUAACUCCGAAACGACGAUUUCUCAUUUUUAUCCAUAAAAUAAGGCUAGAUAUAAAAAAUCUGUAUUUUGUAGUGACUCCGAAACGACGAUUUCUCAUUUUUAUCCAUAAAAUAAGGCUAGAUAUAAAAAAUCUGUAUUUCGUAGUAACUCCGAAACGACGAUUUCUCAUUUUUAUCCAUAAAAUAAGGCUAGAUAUAAAAAAUCUGUAUUUCGUAGUAACUCCGAAACGACGAUUUCUAUUUUUAUCCAUAAAAUAAGGCUAGAUAUAAAAAAUCUGUAUUUCGUAGUAACUCCGAAACGACGAUUUCUCAUUUUUAUCCAUAAAAUAAGGCUAGAUAUAAAAAAUCUGUAUUUCGUAGUGACUCCGAAACGACGAUUUCUCAUUUUUAUCCAUAAAAUAAGGCUAGAUAUAAAAAAUCUGUAUUUCGUAGUAGCUACCAAACGACGAUUUCUCAUUUUUAUCCAUAAAAUAAGGCUAGAUAUAAAAAAUCUGUAUUUCGUAGUGACUCCGAAACGACGAUUUCUCAUUUUUAUCCAUAAAAUAAGGCUAGAUAUAAAAAAUCUGUAUUUCGUAGUAGCUACCAAACGACGAUUUCUCAUUUUUAUCCAUAAAAUAAGGCUAGAUAUAAAAAAUCUGUAUUUCGUAGUGACUCCGAAACGACGAUUUCUCAUUUUUAUCCAUAAAAUAAGGCUAGAUAUAAAAAAUCUGUAUUUCGUAGUAGCUACCAAACGACGAUUUCUCAUUUUUAUCCAUAAAAUAAGGCUAGAUAUAAAAAAUCUGUAUUUCGUAGUAACUCCGAAACGACGAUUUCUCAUUUUUAUCCAUAAAAUAAGGCUAGAUAUAAAAAAUCUGUAUUUCGUAGUAACUCCGAAACGACGAUUUCUCAUUUUUAUCCAUAAAAUAAGGCUAGAUAUAAAAAAUCUGUAUUUCGUAGUAACUCCGAAACGACGAUUUCUCAUUUUUAUCCAUAAAAUAAGGCUAGAUAUAAAAAAUCUGUAUUUCGUAGUAACUCCGAAACGACGAUUUCUCAUUUUUAUCCAUAAAAUAAGGCUAGAUAUAAAAAAUCUGUAUUUCGUAGUAACUCCGAAACGACGAUUUCUCAUUUUUAUCCAUAAAAUAAGGCUAGAUAUAAAAAAUCUGUAUUUCGUAGUAACUCCGAAACGACGAUUUCUCAUUUUUAUCCAUAAAAUAAGGCUAGAUAUAAAAAAUCUGUAUUUCGUAGUAGCUACCAAACGACGAUUUCUCAUUUUUAUCCAUAAAAUAAGGCUAGAUAUAAAAAAUCUGUAUUUCGUAGUAGCUACCAAACGACGAUUUCUCAUUUUUAUCCAUAAAAUAAGGCUAGAUAUAAAAAAUCUGUAUUUCGUAGUAACUCCGAAACGACGAUUUCUCAUUUUUAUCCAUAAAAUAAGGCUAGAUAUAAAAAAUCUGUAUUUCGUAGUAACUCCGAAACGACGAUUUCUCAUUUUUAUCCAUAAAAUAAGGCUAGAUAUAAAAAAUCUGUAUUUCGUAGUAACUCCGAAACGACGAUUUCUCAUUUUUAUCCAUAAAAUAAGGCUAGAUAUAAAAAAUCUGUAUUUUGUAGUAACUCCGAAACGACGAUUUCUCAUUUUUAUCCAUAAAAUAAGGCUAGAUAUAAAAAAUCUGUAUUUCGUAGUAACUCCGAAACGACGAUUUCUCAUUUUUAUCCAUAAAAUAAGGCUAGAUAUAAAAAAUCUGUAUUUCGUAGUAGCUACCAAACGACGAUUUCUCAUUUUUAUCCAUAAAAUAAGGCUAGAUAUAAAAAAUCUGUAUUUCGUAGUAGCUACCAAACGACGAUUUCUCAUUUUUAUCCAUAAAAUAAGGCUAGAUAUAAAAAAUCUGUAUUUCGUAGUAACUCCGAAACGACGAUUUCUCAUUUUUAUCCAUAAAAUAAGGCUAGAUAUAAAAAAUCUGUAUUUCGUAGUAGCUACCAAACGACGAUUUCUCAUUUUUAUCCAUAAAAUAAGGCUAGAUAUAAAAAAUCUGUAUUUCGUAGUAACUCCGAAACGACGAUUUCUCAUUUUUAUCCAUAAAAUAAGGCUAGAUAUAAAAAAUCUGUAUUUCGUAGUAGCUACCAAACGACGAUUUCUCAUUUUUAUCCAUAAAAUAAGGCUAGAUAUAAAAAAUCUGUAUUUCGUAGUAACUCCGAAACGACGAUUUCUCAUUUUUAUCCAUAAAAUAAGGCUAGAUAUAAAAAAUCUGUAUUUUGUAGUGACUCCGAAACGACGAUUUCUCAUUUUUAUCCAUAAAAUAAGGCUAGAUAUAAAAAAUCUGUAUUUCGUAGUAACUCCGAAACGACGAUUUCUCAUUUUUAUCCAUAAAAUAAGGCUAGAUAUAAAAAAUCUGUAUUUUGUAGUAACUCCGAAACGACGAUUUCUCAUUUUUAUCCAUAAAAUAAGGCUAGAUAUAAAAAAUCUGUAUUUCGUAGUGACUCCGAAACGACGAUUUCUCAUUUUUAUCCAUAAAAUAAGGCUAGAUAUAAAAAAUCUGUAUUUCGUAGUAACUCCGAAACGACGAUUUCUCAUUUUUAUCCAUAAAAUAAGGCUAGAUAUAAAAAAUCUGUAUUUCGUAGUGACUCCGAAACGACGAUUUCUCAUUUUUAUCCAUAAAAUAAGGCUAGAUAUAAAAAAUCUGUAUUUCGUAGUAACUCCGAAACGACGAUUUCUCAUUUUUAUCCAUAAAAUAAGGCUAGAUAUAAAAAAUCUGUAUUUCGUAGUGACUCCGAAACGACGAUUUCUCAUUUUUAUCCAUAAAAUAAGGCUAGAUAUAAAAAAUCUGUAUUUCGUAGUAACUCCGAAACGACGAUUUCUCAUUUUUAUCCAUAAAAUAAGGCUAGAUAUAAAAAAUCUGUAUUUCGUAGUAACUCCGAAACGACGAUUUCUCAUUUUUAUCCAUAAAAUAAGGCUAGAUAUAAAAAAUCUGUAUUUUGUAGUAACUCCGAAACGACGAUUUCUCAUUUUUAUCCAUAAAAUAAGGCUAGAUAUAAAAAAUCUGUAUUUCGUAGUGACUCCGAAACGACGAUUUCUCAUUUUUAUCCAUAAAAUAAGGCUAGAUAUAAAAAAUCUGUAUUUCGUAGUGACUCCGAAACGACGAUUUCUCAUUUUUAUCCAUAAAAUAAGGCUAGAUAUAAAAAAUCUGUAUUUCGUAGUAACUCCGAAACGACGAUUUCUCAUUUUUAUCCAUAAAAUAAGGCUAGAUAUAAAAAAUCUGUAUUUUGUAGUGACUCCGAAACGACGAUUUCUCAUUUUUAUCCAUAAAAUAAGGCUAGAUAUAAAAAAUCUGUAUUUUGUAGUAACUCCGAAACGACGAUUUCUCAUUUUUAUCCAUAAAAUAAGGCUAGAUAUAAAAAAUCUGUAUUUUGUAGUGACUCCGAAACGACGAUUUCUCAUUUUUAUCCAUAAAAUAAGGCUAGAUAUAAAAAAUCUGUAUUUUGUAGUAACUCCGAAACGACGAUUUCUCAUUUUUAUCCAUAAAAUAAGGCUAGAUAUAAAAAAUCUGUAUUUUGUAGUGACUCCGAAACGACGAUUUCUCAUUUUUAUCCAUAAAAUAAGGCUAGAUAUAAAAAAUCUGUAUUUUGUAGUAACUCCGAAACGACGAUUUCUCAUUUUUAUCCAUAAAAUAAGGCUAGAUAUAAAAAAUCUGUAUUUUGUAGUAACUCCGAAACGACGAUUUCUCAUUUUUAUCCAUAAAAUAAGGCUAGAUAUAAAAAAUCUGUAUUUUGUAGUAACUCCGAAACGACGAUUUCUCAUUUUUAUCCAUAAAAUAAGGCUAGAUAUAAAAAAUCUGUAUUUUGUAGUAACUCCGAAACGACGAUUUCUCAUUUUUAUCCAUAAAAUAAGGCUAGAUAUAAAAAAUCUGUAUUUUGUAGUGACUCCGAAACGACGAUUUCUCAUUUUUAUCCAUAAAAUAAGGCUAGAUAUAAAAAAUCUGUAUUUUGUAGUGACUCCGAAACGACGAUUUCUCAUUUUUAUCCAUAAAAUAAGGCUAGAUAUAAAAAAUCUGUAUUUUGUAGUAACUCCGAAACGACGAUUUCUCAUUUUUAUCCAUAAAAUAAGGCUAGAUAUAAAAAAUCUGUAUUUUGUAGUGACUCCGAAACGACGAUUUCUCAUUUUUAUCCAUAAAAUAAGGCUAGAUAUAAAAAAUCUGUAUUUUGUAGUGACUCCGAAACGACGAUUUCUCAUUUUUAUCCAUAAAAUAAGGCUAGAUAUAAAAAAUCUGUAUUUUGUAGUGACUCCGAAACGACGAUUUCUCAUUUUUAUCCAUAAAAUAAGGCUAGAUAUAAAAAAUCUGUAUUUUGUAGUGACUCCGAAACGACGAUUUCUCAUUUUUAUCCAUAAAAUAAGGCUAGAUAUAAAAAAUCUGUAUUUUGUAGUGACUCCGAAACGACGAUUUCUCAUUUUUAUCCAUAAAAUAAGGCUAGAUAUAAAAAAUCUGUAUUUUGUAGUGACUCCGAAACGACGAUUUCUCAUUUUUAUCCAUAAAAUAAGGCUAGAUAUAAAAAAUCUGUAUUUCGUAGUGACUCCGAAACGACGAUUUCUCAUUUUUAUCCAUAAAAUAAGGCUAGAUAUAAAAAAUCUGUAUUUUGUAGUGACUCCGAAACGACGAUUUCUCAUUUUUAUCCAUAAAAUAAGGCUAGAUAUAAAAAAUCUGUAUUUUGUAGUGACUCCGAAACGACGAUUUCUCAUUUUUAUCCAUAAAAUAAGGCUAGAUAUAAAAAAUCUGUAUUUCGUAGUAACUCCGAAACGACGAUUUCUCAUUUUUAUCCAUAAAAUAAGGCUAGAUAUAAAAAAUCUGUAUUUUGUAGUAACUCCGAAACGACGAUUUCUCAUUUUUAUCCAUAAAAUAAGGCUAGAUAUAAAAAAUCUGUAUUUCGUAGUGACUCCGAAACGACGAUUUCUCAUUUUUAUCCAUAAAAUAAGGCUAGAUAUAAAAAAUCUGUAUUUCGUAGUAACUCCGAAACGACGAUUUCUCAUUUUUAUCCAUAAAAUAAGGCUAGAUAUAAAAAAUCUGUAUUUUGUAGUGACUCCGAAACGACGAUUUCUCAUUUUUAUCCAUAAAAUAAGGCUAGAUAUAAAAAAUCUGUAUUUCGUAGUAACUCCGAAACGACGAUUUCUCAUUUUUAUCCAUAAAAUAAGGCUAGAUAUAAAAAAUCUGUAUUUUGUAGUGACUCCGAAACGACGAUUUCUCAUUUUUAUCCAUAAAAUAAGGCUAGAUAUAAAAAAUCUGUAUUUUGUAGUGACUCCGAAACGACGAUUUCUCAUUUUUAUCCAUAAAAUAAGGCUAGAUAUAAAAAAUCUGUAUUUUGUAGUGACUCCGAAACGACGAUUUCUCAUUUUUAUCCAUAAAAUAAGGCUAGAUAUAAAAAAUCUGUAUUUUGUAGUGACUCCGAAACGACGAUUUCUCAUUUUUAUCCAUAAAAUAAGGCUAGAUAUAAAAAAUCUGUAUUUCGUAGUGACUCCGAAACGACGAUUUCUCAUUUUUAUCCAUAAAAUAAGGCUAGAUAUAAAAAAUCUGUAUUUUGUAGUGACUCCGAAACGACGAUUUCUCAUUUUUAUCCAUAAAAUAAGGCUAGAUAUAAAAAAUCUGUAUUUUGUAGUGACUCCGAAACGACGAUUUCUCAUUUUUAUCCAUAAAAUAAGGCUAGAUAUAAAAAAUCUGUAUUUCGUAGUAACUCCGAAACGACGAUUUCUCAUUUUUAUCCAUAAAAUAAGGCUAGAUAUAAAAAAUCUGUAUUUUGUAGUAACUCCGAAACGACGAUUUCUCAUUUUUAUCCAUAAAAUAAGGCUAGAUAUAAAAAAUCUGUAUUUCGUAGUGACUCCGAAACGACGAUUUCUCAUUUUUAUCCAUAAAAUAAGGCUAGAUAUAAAAAAUCUGUAUUUCGUAGUAACUCCGAAACGACGAUUUCUCAUUUUUAUCCAUAAAAUAAGGCUAGAUAUAAAAAAUCUGUAUUUUGUAGUGACUCCGAAACGACGAUUUCUCAUUUUUAUCCAUAAAAUAAGGCUAGAUAUAAAAAAUCUGUAUUUCGUAGUAACUCCGAAACGACGAUUUCUCAUUUUUAUCCAUAAAAUAAGGCUAGAUAUAAAAAAUCUGUAUUUUGUAGUGACUCCGAAACGACGAUUUCUCAUUUUUAUCCAUAAAAUAAGGCUAGAUAUAAAAAAUCUGUAUUUUGUAGUGACUCCGAAACGACGAUUUCUCAUUUUUAUCCAUAAAAUAAGGCUAGAUAUAAAAAAUCUGUAUUUCGUAGUGACUCCGAAACGACGAUUUCUCAUUUUUAUCCAUAAAAUAAGGCUAGAUAUAAAAAAUCUGUAUUUUGUAGUGACUCCGAAACGACGAUUUCUCAUUUUUAUCCAUAAAAUAAGGCUAGAUAUAAAAAAUCUGUAUUUUGUAGUGACUCCGAAACGACGAUUUCUCAUUUUUAUCCAUAAAAUAAGGCUAGAUAUAAAAAAUCUGUAUUUCGUAGUAACUCCGAAACGACGAUUUCUCAUUUUUAUCCAUAAAAUAAGGCUAGAUAUAAAAAAUCUGUAUUUUGUAGUAACUCCGAAACGACGAUUUCUCAUUUUUAUCCAUAAAAUAAGGCUAGAUAUAAAAAAUCUGUAUUUUGUAGUGACUCCGAAACGACGAUUUCUCAUUUUUAUCCAUAAAAUAAGGCUAGAUAUAAAAAAUCUGUAUUUUGUAGUGACUCCGAAACGACGAUUUCUCAUUUUUAUCCAUAAAAUAAGGCUAGAUAUAAAAAAUCUGUAUUUUGUAGUGACUCCGAAACGACGAUUUCUCAUUUUUAUCCAUAAAAUAAGGCUAGAUAUAAAAAAUCUGUAUUUUGUAGUGACUCCGAAACGACGAUUUCUCAUUUUUAUCCAUAAAAUAAGGCUAGAUAUAAAAAAUCUGUAUUUUGUAGUGACUCCGAAACGACGAUUUCUCAUUUUUAUCCAUAAAAUAAGGCUAGAUAUAAAAAAUCUGUAUUUCGUAGUGACUCCGAAACGACGAUUUCUCAUUUUUAUCCAUAAAAUAAGGCUAGAUAUAAAAAAUCUGUAUUUCGUAGUAACUCCGAAACGACGAUUUCUCAUUUUUAUCCAUAAAAUAAGGCUAGAUAUAAAAAAUCUGUAUUUUGUAGUAACUCCGAAACGACGAUUUCUCAUUUUUAUCCAUAAAAUAAGGCUAGAUAUAAAAAAUCUGUAUUUUGUAGUGACUCCGAAACGACGAUUUCUCAUUUUUAUCCAUAAAAUAAGGCUAGAUAUAAAAAAUCUGUAUUUUGUAGUAACUCCGAAACGACGAUUUCUCAUUUUUAUCCAUAAAAUAAGGCUAGAUAUAAAAAAUCUGUAUUUUGUAGUGACUCCGAAACGACGAUUUCUCAUUUUUAUCCAUAAAAUAAGGCUAGAUAUAAAAAAUCUGUAUUUCGUAGUAACUCCGAAACGACGAUUUCUCAUUUUUAUCCAUAAAAUAAGGCUAGAUAUAAAAAAUCUGUAUUUCGUAGUAACUCCGAAACGACGAUUUCUCAUUUUUAUCCAUAAAAUAAGGCUAGAUAUAAAAAAUCUGUAUUUCGUAGUGACUCCGAAACGACGAUUUCUCAUUUUUAUCCAUAAAAUAAGGCUAGAUAUAAAAAAUCUGUAUUUUGUAGUGACUCCGAAACGACGAUUUCUCAUUUUUAUCCAUAAAAUAAGGCUAGAUAUAAAAAAUCUGUAUUUCGUAGUAACUCCGAAACGACGAUUUCUCAUUUUUAUCCAUAAAAUAAGGCUAGAUAUAAAAAAUCUGUAUUUCGUAGUAACUCCGAAACGACGAUUUCUCAUUUUUAUCCAUAAAAUAAGGCUAGAUAUAAAAAAUCUGUAUUUUGUAGUAACUCCGAAACGACGAUUUCUCAUUUUUAUCCAUAAAAUAAGGCUAGAUAUAAAAAAUCUGUAUUUUGUAGUGACUCCGAAACGACGAUUUCUCAUUUUUAUCCAUAAAAUAAGGCUAGAUAUAAAAAAUCUGUAUUUUGUAGUGACUCCGAAACGACGAUUUCUCAUUUUUAUCCAUAAAAUAAGGCUAGAUAUAAAAAAUCUGUAUUUCGUAGUAACUCCGAAACGACGAUUUCUCAUUUUUAUCCAUAAAAUAAGGCUAGAUAUAAAAAAUCUGUAUUUCGUAGUAACUCCGAAACGACGAUUUCUCAUUUUUAUCCAUAAAAUAAGGCUAGAUAUAAAAAAUCUGUAUUUUGUAGUAACUCCGAAACGACGAUUUCUCAUUUUUAUCCAUAAAAUAAGGCUAGAUAUAAAAAAUCUGUAUUUUGUAGUGACUCCGAAACGACGAUUUCUCAUUUUUAUCCAUAAAAUAAGGCUAGAUAUAAAAAAUCUGUAUUUUGUAGUGACUCCGAAACGACGAUUUCUCAUUUUUAUCCAUAAAAUAAGGCUAGAUAUAAAAAAUCUGUAUUUUGUAGUGACUCCGAAACGACGAUUUCUCAUUUUUAUCCAUAAAAUAAGGCUAGAUAUAAAAAAUCUGUAUUUCGUAGUAACUCCGAAACGACGAUUUCUCAUUUUUAUCCAUAAAAUAAGGCUAGAUAUAAAAAAUCUGUAUUUUGUAGUAACUCCGAAACGACGAUUUCUCAUUUUUAUCCAUAAAAUAAGGCUAGAUAUAAAAAAUCUGUAUUUUGUAGUAACUCCGAAACGACGAUUUCUCAUUUUUAUCCAUAAAAUAAGGCUAGAUAUAAAAAAUCUGUAUUUUGUAGUGACUCCGAAACGACGAUUUCUCAUUUUUAUCCAUAAAAUAAGGCUAGAUAUAAAAAAUCUGUAUUUCGUAGUAACUCCGAAACGACGAUUUCUCAUUUUUAUCCAUAAAAUAAGGCUAGAUAUAAAAAAUCUGUAUUUUGUAGUGACUCCGAAACGACGAUUUCUCAUUUUUAUCCAUAAAAUAAGGCUAGAUAUAAAAAAUCUGUAUUUCGUAGUAACUCCGAAACGACGAUUUCUCAUUUUUAUCCAUAAAAUAAGGCUAGAUAUAAAAAAUCUGUAUUUUGUAGUAACUCCGAAACGACGAUUUCUCAUUUUUAUCCAUAAAAUAAGGCUAGAUAUAAAAAAUCUGUAUUUUGUAGUGACUCCGAAACGACGAUUUCUCAUUUUUAUCCAUAAAAUAAGGCUAGAUAUAAAAAAUCUGUAUUUCGUAGUAACUCCGAAACGACGAUUUCUCAUUUUUAUCCAUAAAAUAAGGCUAGAUAUAAAAAAUCUGUAUUUUGUAGUAACUCCGAAACGACGAUUUCUCAUUUUUAUCCAUAAAAUAAGGCUAGAUAUAAAAAAUCUGUAUUUUGUAGUAACUCCGAAACGACGAUUUCUCAUUUUUAUCCAUAAAAUAAGGCUAGAUAUAAAAAAUCUGUAUUUUGUAGUGACUCCGAAACGACGAUUUCUCAUUUUUAUCCAUAAAAUAAGGCUAGAUAUAAAAAAUCUGUAUUUCGUAGUGACUCCGAAACGACGAUUUCUCAUUUUUAUCCAUAAAAUAAGGCUAGAUAUAAAAAAUCUGUAUUUCGUAGUAACUCCGAAACGACGAUUUCUCAUUUUUAUCCAUAAAAUAAGGCUAGAUAUAAAAAAUCUGUAUUUUGUAGUAACUCCGAAACGACGAUUUCUCAUUUUUAUCCAUAAAAUAAGGCUAGAUAUAAAAAAUCUGUAUUUUGUAGUGACUCCGAAACGACGAUUUCUCAUUUUUAUCCAUAAAAUAAGGCUAGAUAUAAAAAAUCUGUAUUUCGUAGUAACUCCGAAACGACGAUUUCUCAUUUUUAUCCAUAAAAUAAGGCUAGAUAUAAAAAAUCUGUAUUUCGUAGUAACUCCGAAACGACGAUUUCUCAUUUUUAUCCAUAAAAUAAGGCUAGAUAUAAAAAAUCUGUAUUUUGUAGUGACUCCGAAACGACGAUUUCUCAUUUUUAUCCAUAAAAUAAGGCUAGAUAUAAAAAAUCUGUAUUUCGUAGUAACUCCGAAACGACGAUUUCUCAUUUUUAUCCAUAAAAUAAGGCUAGAUAUAAAAAAUCUGUAUUUCGUAGUAACUCCGAAACGACGAUUUCUCAUUUUUAUCCAUAAAAUAAGGCUAGAUAUAAAAAAUCUGUAUUUUGUAGUAACUCCGAAACGACGAUUUCUCAUUUUUAUCCAUAAAAUAAGGCUAGAUAUAAAAAAUCUGUAUUUCGUAGUAACUCCGAAACGACGAUUUCUCAUUUUUAUCCAUAAAAUAAGGCUAGAUAUAAAAAAUCUGUAUUUCGUAGUAACUCCGAAACGACGAUUUCUCAUUUUUAUCCAUAAAAUAAGGCUAGAUAUAAAAAAUCUGUAUUUCGUAGUAACUCCGAAACGACGAUUUCUCAUUUUUAUCCAUAAAAUAAGGCUAGAUAUAAAAAAUCUGUAUUUUGUAGUGACUCCGAAACGACGAUUUCUCAUUUUUAUCCAUAAAAUAAGGCUAGAUAUAAAAAAUCUGUAUUUCGUAGUAACUCCGAAACGACGAUUUCUCAUUUUUAUCCAUAAAAUAAGGCUAGAUAUAAAAAAUCUGUAUUUCGUAGUAACUCCGAAACGACGAUUUCUCAUUUUUAUCCAUAAAAUAAGGCUAGAUAUAAAAAAUCUGUAUUUCGUAGUAACUCCGAAACGACGAUUUCUCAUUUUUAUCCAUAAAAUAAGGCUAGAUAUAAAAAAUCUGUAUUUCGUAGUAACUCCGAAACGACGAUUUCUCAUUUUUAUCCAUAAAAUAAGGCUAGAUAUAAAAAAUCUGUAUUUCGUAGUAACUCCGAAACGACGAUUUCUCAUUUUUAUCCAUAAAAUAAGGCUAGAUAUAAAAAAUCUGUAUUUCGUAGUAACUCCGAAACGACGAUUUCUCAUUUUUAUCCAUAAAAUAAGGCUAGAUAUAAAAAAUCUGUAUUUCGUAGUGACUCCGAAACGACGAUUUCUCAUUUUUAUCCAUAAAAUAAGGCUAGAUAUAAAAAAUCUGUAUUUCGUAGUGACUCCGAAACGACGAUUUCUCAUUUUUAUCCAUAAAAUAAGGCUAGAUAUAAAAAAUCUGUAUUUCGUAGUGACUCCGAAACGACGAUUUCUCAUUUUUAUCCAUAAAAUAAGGCUAGAUAUAAAAAAUCUGUAUUUCGUAGUAACUCCGAAACGACGAUUUCUCAUUUUUAUCCAUAAAAUAAGGCUAGAUAUAAAAAAUCUGUAUUUCGUAGUGACUCCGAAACGACGAUUUCUCAUUUUUAUCCAUAAAAUAAGGCUAGAUAUAAAAAAUCUGUAUUUCGUAGUAACUCCGAAACGACGAUUUCUCAUUUUUAUCCAUAAAAUAAGGCUAGAUAUAAAAAAUCUGUAUUUCGUAGUGACUCCGAAACGACGAUUUCUCAUUUUUAUCCAUAAAAUAAGGCUAGAUAUAAAAAAUCUGUAUUUCGUAGUGACUCCGAAACGACGAUUUCUCAUUUUUAUCCAUAAAAUAAGGCUAGAUAUAAAAAAUCUGUAUUUCGUAGUAACUCCGAAACGACGAUUUCUCAUUUUUAUCCAUAAAAUAAGGCUAGAUAUAAAAAAUCUGUAUUUCGUAGUGACUCCGAAACGACGAUUUCUCAUUUUUAUCCAUAAAAUAAGGCUAGAUAUAAAAAAUCUGUAUUUCGUAGUAACUCCGAAACGACGAUUUUCAUUUUUAUCCAUAAAAAUUGAGCUAGAUAUUUUUUACAGUUUCAACGUGGGCCCCGCGCAUUUCCUCGUUUUCUCCACCGAAUUCUACUUCUACACCGAAUACGGCUAUCAUCAAAUCGAAACGCAAUUCAAAUUCCUAAAAUCCGAUUUGAAGGCGGCAAAUUUGAACCGCAAAUCGGUUCCAUGGAUUAUUACGAUGGGACAUAGACCAAUGUAUUGUUCGGACUUUGAUGGCGAUGAUUGCACCAAAUUCGAAUCGGUGGUGGGUUUUUUUGCGCGAAAAUUUGGAGCAUUUUGAGCCCGGAAUCGAGUUUUCCGGGUUAUUUUAAGCCUGUGUGCUUUUUUCGAAAAAAAAAAAAAAAAAAAAAUUUUUUUUGCUUUUUUUUCCACUUCAUACCUCAAAUUUUGGCCCCGAAAAGCCUCUCAGGCUUCAUUUUCGAUGAAAAUUUGAAUUUUUGGCCAUUUUUGAGCCCGGAAUCGAGUUUUCCGGGUUAUUUUAAGCCUGGGAGCUUUUUUUCACAAAAAAAAAAAACAAAAAAAAAAAAAUUUGCUUUUUUCCACUUUAUAGCUCAAAUUUUGGCUACGAAAGACCUCCUAGGCUUAAUUUUUGACCAUUUCGAGCUACAGUACCCCCUUCAGAUUCGCACCGGACUUCCGCUAACUCACGCCUACGCGCUAGAAAAACUGUUCUAUGAGCAAGGAGUCGAUGUGCAAUUAUAUGCUCAUGAGCACACUUAUGAAAGGCUGUGGCCGGUUUAUAAUCGUACUGUAGGUUUUGUCGCGAGAAACCUACAGUACCCCUAGCAUACUGUAGAUUUUCAGGUUUAUAAUAACACAGAUGCACCGUAUGUCAAUCCACCAGCUCCAGUGCAUAUUAUAACUGGUUCAGCGGUGGGUUUUUUUGAAUUUUUGAAUUUCCCGCCAAAAACAGUUUUGGCGGGAAAUUCAAAAAUUCAAAUUUUCCAGGGUUGCCGUGAGAACACGGAUAUUUUUGUGGUGAAUCCACCGCCGUGGAGUGCGAAAAGAUCGACAGAUUAUGGAUUCGGAAGGAUGCGGAUCUUUAAUGAGACACAUUUGCGAUUCAGGCAGAUCAAUGUUGCUCAGGUUAGGCACUACAGUAAUCGCGUUAAAAUUUGCGGUAUUUUGACACCAAACAUGAUAUAGUUUAACUUGGCAUUGCUCAUAUUAAACUAGAAAUUCAGGAAGGUCAAAUCGACGACGAUUUCUGGAUCAUCAAAACCUCCAACAAACAUCACCGCCCAUUUCGACAUCGAGAUUCGAAAAAAUUGAAAACCUAUGGAACUUAUAUCGAUUGA